AUGGGAAAGAUGGUUAUGGAGAUUGUUGCUUUGCUGCUUAGUAUAUCAGGCUGGGUUCUGAUCUCCUCCACACUGCCCACUGACUACUGGAAAGUGUCCUCUGUGGAUGGAACGGUCAUCACUACAGCAACCUUUUGGUCCAAUCUCUGGAAGACAUGUGUGACGGAUUCAACUGGAAUCUCCAACUGCAAGGACUUCCCUUCCAUGCUGGCUUUAGAUGCUUAUAUUCAGGUGUGUCGUGGGCUGAUGAUCUCUGGAGUGUGCCUGGGUUUCUUUGGGGCCAUUCUGGCCCUAGUGGGAAUGAAAUGCACAAAGAUAGGUGGCUCUGAGACUACCAAGGCCAGGAUUACCUGCCUCUCUGGACUACAUUUUAUCCUCAGUGGUGUCUGUUCAUUAGCAACAUGUUCACUAUAUGCUCACAGAAUAACCUCUGAGUUUUUUGACCCUUUAUUUGUGGCACAAAAGUUUGAGCUGGGGGCUGCACUGUUUAUUGGAUGGGCAGGAUCUGUCCUUUGCUUUUUGGGGGGCAGUAUCUUCUGCUUCUCCAUGACAGAGGGCUUCAGCAUGAGGGAAUACACCUACACUGGAGUCACCUCUUUCAUGAAAACUCAAAGCAAAAAUGGCAAAAGUCCUGUAAGUUCUGAAAAAGGUGCCGCAGAUCAAGGCUACUCUGUGAGGCAGUUUGGGAGAAAUGCCUAUGUGUAA